UCAACGGUAAGCCCCGAGUUCAAAAGCAAGUACUCACGGGCAAACGUUAGCCACAAGUGUUUACAAGUGAUUGAGCUUAGCCUUUUCCGAUAUCUCUUUAGGUUUUCUGCUGCCAGCUUUAACACUGGUGCUGUCUUUAGAUUUUAUGUUCCAACUGUAAAUCAUGUCAGAGUCCGGUCACAGUCAGCCCGGUAUGUACGGGCAGGGACGCAGAAGGAGGCGACGCCGGGGAGAAAGAGAAGCUGGACCUCCAGGACAAAAUCUGUCUGGUCCCAGUCGAGAUCGGGAAUAUCAACCGAGAGAACGAAGGGAUGGGAGCGAGGAUCCACCAGGCCCCCUCAUCCAGAAGACCCCCAUUAUUUUGGCUAAACCCCCAAGUGAAAGGGCAAAGUCAUCACAGAAUGCACCAAUCAGUGGAGCUCCUGUACUGGAGAAGCCCAUUAUGCUGAUGAAGGCCAGAGAUGAUGCAGGGAAGCCAGGGACACCUCUUGAAUCAACCGCCCAGUCUGCGGGUCCUGGACCCUCCAAGAUGGAGAGGGAAGGGCAGCGACCCACUCAGCCCGUAUACCAGAUCCAAAAUCGAGGGAUGGGUGCUUCUGCUUCUGGCAGUGCUGUGGACCCCAUGGUGGGUCAGUCCAAACUCCUCCAUCCAGAAAAGAUGAAGCACAGCAUCAAGCUGGUAGAUGAUCAGAUGAAUUGGUGUGACAGUGCCAUGGAGUAUUUGAGGGAUCAGACAGAUAUGCUGGUGGUGGGAGCUCUUGGGCUGCAGGGAACUGGGAAAUCUACCAUUAUGUCUCUGUUAUCUGCUAACACACCUGAAGAAGACCAGAGGAGUUACGUGUUCAGAGCUCAGACUCAAGAGAUCAAAGAGAGAGGAGGGAAUCAGAGCUCAGGGAUAGAUUUCUUCAUCACACAAGAGAGAAUCAUCUUCUUGGACACACAGCCCAUGCUCAGCCCGUCACUUCUCGACCACGUAAUCAACAACGAUCGAAAGUUGCCUCCAGAGUACAACCUUCCUCACACAUAUGUGGAAAUGCAGUCCCUUCAGAUCGCAGCCUUCCUGUUUACGGUGUGCCAUGUGGUGAUAGUGGUGCAGGACUGGUUCACUGACGUAAACUUUUACAGGUUUCUUCAGACUGCUGAGAUGUUGAAACCUUCUACUCCGUCUGCGAGCCACGACAGCACCAGCUCCUCAGGCGGUGAUGACGGAGCAGAGUACUAUCCUCACAUAGUUUUCCUGCAGAAUAAAGCCGGACGGGAGGAUUUCUGUCCAAGAAAUUUGAAGAACAUGCUUAUGGUGGUGGACAAACUGAUGGCUCAUUCUCACCUCAGAUACAAAGGAACUUUGUCCAUGUUGGAAUGCAACAUCUUCCCAGGCCUGGAGCAGGAAUACUUGGAUACAGAAGUCAACAUGUUUUUUCUUCCUGUGCAGGAGAAUGAUGGAGAUGAUAAUCUGAACAAAGCAGGCUCAGGAACCUACCCACUGUUCUCUCUGCUUCCCGGCUACAGAGGACACCCCACCUUCUCCACCAUGAUCUCAAAACUCCGCAGCCAGAUGCUCGCCAUGCCUCGCUGUCAGCUCUCACACACCAUCCUCACGGAGAAAAACUGGUUUCACUAUGCUGCACGGAUCUGGGACGGGGUGAAAAAGUCUUCAGCACUCUCUGAAUACAGCCGCCUGCUCUCCUAGCCUAGAGGCCGAGGCUCUGAUGCUCAGCAGCCUUUCACGUGAGGUCGGAGUUCAAAUAAAAAACGUUUUGUACUUCUGUAAAGUUGUGGAAUGCACAGUCUAAGAUGAAAUGUUUACUUGUGUAAACUAUUAUUAUUUUGUAAAUGUCAUUAAAAUACUUUUGCUUUUCUUAAUAAAAGAAACGAAAAUUAGGAAAAA